UCCCAAUCCAAACACCAUGCAUAUCUCUAGAGACAACAGCCAUUGUGUCUCUUCUCCACGUAAUCUCUGUAGUUUCGAACUUGAGACUCGGGCUUACACUCGCCAUCUUGCUCGACUUGCAAAGGCUACACCACGAAGAGACACGCCUGUAGGAAUGAGGCCCAUGGUGGUAUACCCUAUGACGCCGUCCGCCCCUGUUAUUCGUACCUCCGGUCAUGCAAGACCUAUGGUUCCCGUAUCAGCCGAUACACAACAGGCACAUGGAAGACCGAGGCGCUUCUGGGAGUCUGGAACACCCUGCGGCCGUGAGCGUCGUAUGGGAGAUAUGCUUCCACCCGUGUCUAAUGUCAAUCAUGGCCUUAGACCUCAGGCUCCACCCUUCGUGCCUCGAGUUCCUCCUUCGGUGUCCCGAGUCCUUCGGCCCAUCGACUCUCCUCAGAAAUUCCGAAGCUUGUCUCAUACACCUGCUCGCCGCUUUGAACCGGCUGCCAAAGCUCAAGCCCUGCUCUCACUUGCCGACAUAGCCAUGCUCUUCGGCCUGAAAGAGAAGAGAGUCAAACACACUCUCAACGCCUCAUUAGGACAACCAGAAAAACUUAAGUUUGUAUUGCUCAACAAAAGUGCGACGAGAAACUGGCGUCAGCACCAAAUCAUCUAUGCCAAGACCAACCUUCAUCUACUUCCUGGCUUUGACCUUCCAUACCCCGAUAUGGAGGACGAGAAGCUAGAGCUCGAGUACGACUACGAUAGUGACUACUCCAUGACCGAUCUUAUCGACCUACGCAGCCGCGCAGUCUCGAGGGCUUCCAUGAGAGUUGAAGUCUCUUCUGCCUCUUCUAACACAUCCACUCCGCCACCCUCUGUAGGCUCAGACAAAAGCUCAUCGAUCGAGACCACAACAGAAGCUAAUGACUUCCCUCCCAUCGCCCUGUUUGCUGAAGUCAAAUCUCUAGAUCAGAAGCGCGCGUUCAGAUUCCUUGGCACAUACGAACUCGCAGAGGUUGAGUUCUUCGCUCCUGGCACUACCGACUUGAUGGAGAUGUUGAACGAGAGAGCUGGUAGCACGACUUGGAAGACAGGUCUCAGCGCUGAGUGGGCCAAGAUCAAGUUGAUCAAGUUGAUCAAGAGCGGAAGUCUCUAGUUUGUUCAAUACUGGCUGGAGUUGGUUUGCUACCUUUUUGGUUCAUUGGCGGUGAUGUAUGAUUAUGCUG